AUGAUGUUCCUCGGCUCUGCAGGGACCAUCCUUGUGCUGCUUGUGUGGGGGACCAGGGGUCUCUCUCAGCCAUAUGACAACCGAAUGAGACUAGGUCACAACCAGGACCUGGGUAAAAUCCAGGAAGAUCUCCUCCUGAAGCUGCUCUCUGGAUGGACAGACAGCACAGAGAGUAAUUCACUAGAGAUGGAAAGAGCAGCUCCUGACAACCUCGACACAAAGCUGAUCCCCUCUGUGAAGUUUCCUCAACGUGAGCGGAAAGCACCAUGCAAAAACUUCUACUGGAAAACAUUCACCAUCUGCUAGUAACCGGCUAAAAAAAUGAACCUGUUUUUUAAUUUAUAAAUUGCGUGAGCGAAACAGUACUGUACAUAACAUAACAUUGUCUCUAUGUGGCCUCAGAUUGUGGAUUUCCAUAUUAAACUAAAAGAG